AUGGGCAGAAGCAAGGGCGCCGCCGCCAGGCGAAAGAAGGCCGCCGCCGCUAGGAAAGCGAUCGCCCCCAAGGUUGAUGCCGACGCUCCCAGACACUGGCCCAGCCUCCUGCCGGAGCUGCUGGCGGACAUCCACGACCGCCUGGGAUUCCUCGACCGCAUUGCCUUCGCCGCGGUCUUCGCCGCAUCCUGCGACGGCGACGACUAUUUCCGGUCGGCCCCGUGGCUCCUCCUCCCCGGCAAGAACGAGGAGAACCCGGCGGCCGCUACGGUCUUCUCCUUCGCCGAUCGGUGCGCAGCGACGGUGCGUGCACCGUACCCGCGCGACCACCUCGUCCUCGGCUCCUCCCGCGGAUGGCUCGCCACGGCCGACGACCAAGGCCAGAUCUACCUCGUCAACCCCGCCACGGGCGAGCAGCACGCGCUCCCGGACAUCACCACCAUGGGCGUCUUCCUCCGCACGCCCUACGAGGGGUUCAUCCUGGACAUAUGGCGCUUCAUGGCCAUCCGAUUCGGCUUAGGGCCGUCGUUCAUUAGUGAUCCCUCGAGGCGUCUGGUGUACGGGGCGCACGUGUUGACCGCCGACGAAAUGCGUACGUCGUUCUACCGGAAGGUUGUCCUGGCCUCCCCGCGCCGCCCCGGCAGCCAUGGUACGGCCAUGCUGAUCCUGAGCCCGGAUUUCGGCGCCCCAGCCUUCGCCACGGCGGAGGACGCUGUGUGGAUGCUGGAGCCGUCGCACGACGGCGUGGAAGACGCUAUCCACUACAACGGUUGGUUCCUCUCCGUCUCCUACUCCGGCGUCGUGGAGGCGUGGCAACAUGACACUGAGUCAGGCGGUUACACAAGCACGGCUGUCACGCCAAAGCUGGCCAUUGAGGAAGGUGGCUCGCCGUGCCACCGCAAGUACCUCGCGAUAGCGCCGGGUGGGCGGUUGAUGGUGGUGCUCAAGUACGCCCAGGUGACCAAGGGCAAGGAUCUGUACGGCCGGUAUAGGUGGACGUGCUCCUUCAAGGUACAUGUCAUCGGCGACGACGGGCAGUGGAAGGAGACGAGGGACAUUGGCAACCUCGCGCUGUUCGUUGGGGUGAACAACUCGUUGUGCGUGCCAACAAGUGGGCGCUCAGAUAUCAAGGCUGGCUGCAUCUACUUCACUGACGACGAACCGAGGGUCGCCGCGCUUGGCAAGCCCAUGGAUUUAUGGGCUGACGAGUCCGACGCUCGGGCCGUCGGGGUGUACCGCCUCAAGGAUGGCACGGUAAAGAAGAUGGAGGAGCUCAGGCACCACUACCGUACGUUGUCGGCACCACCGGUGUGGAUCACGCCUUCUAUUUCAUGA